AUGUUGUAAAAAUAAUUGAAUUAACAUUCAUCUUUAUAUGACUUAUGGGUGAUGACUGCAAUAUUUGUAAGAGGAUAAUUUAUAUGUUCAUAAGCCAUUGAAAUUUGUUUACUGAUAAUUAACUCUCUCCAAACUUUGAUUAUGGCUAUUCAUCCAACUUUUACAUAAAUGAAGGACCUUUAAGUAAACUCAUCUCUAGAUCUAAUAUAUACAUUUUUAAUUAGAACAGAGAUUUAUAUUCUCAUAAAUCAACAUUUACAAGAAGAGCUAAUAUAUUUAUUUAUUUUAAUUGUAGUACUCAUUAGUAAAAUAGGCUUUAUCUUUUUAAUGUAUAUGUUAAAAAAUCAUUAUCACUCAGACAAAUUUGUUCAAUAAAUUUAGCAUCAUAUGCCCUUAUAAAUUUUUGUGAGAAUUUAAAGUUAUUAUCAACAACUACUUUGUCCUAUUUUUAUUAUUCCAUUUAAUACUAUCAUAUUAUUGUCAAUCAAAAGAAGUGUUACUUUAAUCAAAUCAGACUAACCUAUACAAUAUGUAAAUUUAACCUUAGGGAUUAUCACAUUUAUAUUACUACAAAUAGAUUAAAUUUUGAUUUGCUCCAUUAAUAGAUAACCUAUAACAUUUAAAAUGAGACCUAUGGAAAGGUUGAAAGUUACCAAAUAUAAUUUAAUUGUAUAUGUUUUUUCAACUAUUUCUGUAAUUUUGUUUACACUAAUUGAAAAUACUCAAACAAUCAGAAUUAUUCAGUAUAUUUUAGUGUUUAUUAUUUAAAUUUUAGCAAUUAAAAAUUAGUUUACAAGUUCUAUUUAUAUUUAUAGAUAUCAAGAAAUUAUACUUUAUUCUGGCUAUCUCUUCUAAUUGAUUUAUUGCAUCCUUAAAUUUGUUGAAAGUUUUAGUCAAUCUAUUAAUUACACAUUCUUUUUAUUAGUGAUUACUCCAUUAAUGUUAGUUUAUAUGCUAUCAAAUAUCAAUUAUAAAAAAACAUAAGAGUUUCUAUUAUUUUUUAAAUCUACUAACACACCAAACAUUAGAAUAGUAAUGAAUGUUUUAAUUAAUAUGUUAAAUAAAUGUGAUAUCAAUGAAAAUUAUAUUGUUAUUAGAUCUUCCUUAAUUAAUUAUUUUCAUUCUAAAUAAUGUAUAUAAAAAUAAUGUUCAUGUACAACUACUUUUUAUAUUGCUGAACCAAGAUAAGCAAAUGCUAUAACAGGAUAAAUAUUUAGAAGUUUUAUAUUUGAAAAAAUAUCCUUAAUUAAAAAGACUAUUAAUUAGAAAAAUUCAGAAUUUUAUUAAAAUUAAGAAUUACUUAUUCAAUAUGCUAUAUUUCUUAAUGAUUUUGGUUGGACGAUGUUAGCUGCCAAAGCUUUUAAUAAAAUAUUAAUAAAUGAUACUGUUAUUCCUCAAAUUAAUAAUAAUCUUAAUAAUGAAUUUGAUAAAACAACAAUUUAAAAAUAUACUAAAGAACUUACUAUAAGAUCUACUACUUAGUAGUAUAAGAAAUUUAAAUCAUUAGAUUCUGAAAAGGAGAAAUAAAAUAAUAAUGAAAUGAAAUUAUUUUUUAAAAUUAGUUUAGGAAUUAUAGAUAGAGCAAGAACAAUUCAACUAUUUAAUUAAACAAAAUGGAAUAUGAAAGCCUCUUUUGGUUCUUCUUUAUAAGCAGCUUAAUAAACUUUUAUUUCUGAUUCUAUUAAUUAAUAUCUACAUUAUGAGUUUAUAAUAUCCAGAAUUAAAGAAAUGAUAAUAAAAAUUAUCAAUUCAAAAGUAUCCUUUUUCUCUGAAUUAAUUAAAGAAUAAUAAUAAUUUGAUUUGAGUAAAACUCUUGAAAAAACAAAUAAACUUUGUAGCGAUCUAUAUACAACAGAAAAUUAUAUCAAAAUUUAAUUUGAAAAAUAUCCAAGCAUAAGAUUAUAAAAGGCAUUAACAUUCUUUUUGGCUGAAUUAUAUAGUAAUUAUAUAGAAGCUAAUAAAAUCUAUAAUUAAUCAAUUAAUGUAGAUCUAAAAUUUAUUUAAAAUAAUCAUUCUGCAUUAAAUUUAACUUAAUAAUAGAGUGCCUAUGUAAUCUUAUCAUUAAAUGAAGAUUUAAAACAUUUGGAAGUUUAAACAAUUUCAAAUCAUAUGCUCAAUCUAAUUGGAAAGCCUAAUUAAUAAAACACUUGUUUUCGAGAAAUACUACCAUUAUUCUUUUAUUAAUAUCAUCCACUUAUGGUUAAUAGUUUUUUAUCAACAGGAAAAUCUCGAUAUUAUAGAAACUUUAGUCCUAACUUUGUAAAUGUACAUGAUUGUUUAGUUAAAGGGAUAUAAUUAUGUUAUGAUACAACUGCAAUAUUUUAACAUUCUUAAUUGGUUUUUGUUGCAUUUAUAUAAGAAUUAGUAUAUGAAAAAUGUUACAUAAUUGUAGAUGGUUUUGAUAAAAGUUUUGUUAGUUUAUCCUUAAACUUUCUAUAGAAAAUUGGAUAUGAUGAUAAUCUGAUUGUGAAAAUGGUGAAACAUAAAUAUUUGAAUGAAAUAUCAAUUUAUAAUAUAUUCCCAUAAUUUGAUGAGGCAUUGUUAAAACAACAACAAGAUAAUAGAUUAUUGGUUGAAAAACUAUUCUUUUUUGACUAUCUAAAGAUAAGAAAAUCAACAGUUGUAGAAAAUAAGGAGAAAAGAAUGUCAAAUUUACAUCCAAGUAUUUGGAAAUAAAAAGAGAAAGUACUAUCUUUUGUAGCUAAACUUAAUAUUCUUGUUAGAAACCAUUAAGAUUUUUCUUAUUAUAUAAUAGAAAUUUAAGAUAUAUAAUAAUUAAGUGGAUAAAAUAAUAUUUUAUUAGAUGAAGUUUAUGAAUAAGAAUCAUUAAUAUCUGAAACAUCCAAUAUAAGUAAUAGUUAAAGUUGUAUCCUCAGUUAAGUUGAUGAAGAUCAUCCAAAUAAAAUCUAUAUUUAAGAUCUAAAUAAUUAGUUAUCAAUUUUCUCCCCAUUAACAACUUUAUUUAAUAAUAAUGGUGAUUAGAGCACUCGAUAAAUACAAACACAAAUUAAGGACACUAAUCAAAAUUAACCAGCUGAAAAUUUAAUCAAUUAAAAUGAAACUAAAAAAUCCCCUUUAUAAGUAAGAAAACUAUAAUAAUAAGCAUUUUAUAAUUGCAAAUUAUCUCAUUUAGUUUCUUAUUAAGAAAAAUCAUCAAUAAAAUCUAAUGAAAUAAGUGAUGAUAAAUAAUAAUAAUAGGAGAAACAAUAAUAAUAUGCUUAAUCUUAAUCAUCUGUAGCUAGCAUAAAUCUAUCAGUAAAUUAUAAAAAGUAUGAAUUAGUUGAAAAGAUUACUUCUUAAAAACCUCCCUUAAAAGUCAAUUAAUUUAUAGGUUUUUUAUUAAUUUAAAAUUUGAUUUAAAUGAUUUAUUUCAUUAUCAUUUUAUCUUUAAUGCCAUCUGAUUUGGAUAACAGCAUUACAGAAAUUAAUAUGAUUGGCCUUCAUUCAGAUGUGAUGGCUCCACACGAUCUUUAUUUUUCAAUGAGAGUUACUUUAUCAUCUUAUUAGUAAGCAUUAAGGGAAGGAUUUAUAAAUUAGACAUUAUUUACACAAUUAACAGACCCUUAUUAUGAUAAUAUUUAUCUUGGAUAUCAAGAAUUGAAAGAUAGUCUUUAUAAAUAAUUAACUAAUCCAUAUUUAUAGUUAUUCUAUAAUGAUUAUAAUAUGAAUAUUAGAUUUAUGAAAGAUAAUGACUCUUCAGUGGUGUCUGAACAAAUGACAUUUAGAGAAGUUUUAUUAGUAAUAUUAUAAUAUUAAUUUGCGUAUGCUAAGAAAUAUGGGAGGAGAGAGAGUCCAAGUGGAUCUACUUAUUAAGUAUUUCUUUAUGCUAAUUAUUUUGAUUUACAUGAUUUAUUAGCCUAAAUCACUGAAGAGAUAUUUGUUUAUUCAAAAGAAAGAUCAAUAAGUGUGAAUUAAAAGUGGACUAUUUUUUGGCUGAUUUCGAUCCUUAUAAUAUCCUGUACAAGUAUAAUCUCAUUUUUUUACUACAAUCAAUAUUUAGUUCAAUAUGAUAGGUUUUUAUAUCUUUUAGAUUAUUUUUCUUUUGAUCGCUUGGAAAAUGAAAUUACAAAAUUGAAAUCAAUUUUAUCCUAGAUUCUUCAUGAUGAAAAAAUGAUAUUUGAUUAUCAAUUUAGUUUAGAAAAUUACUAAAAUAAGAUACAAAAUACAGCUUCCACUAAUUUGAUGCAUAAAAAAAGUAAAAAGUUAAAAAAAAUAUUUAAAGUAAGUAGAAUUAAACCUGCAUUAAUUUUAUUUUUUAUUUGUGUUAUUUUUGUAUCAUAUUCAACAUUAGUUGAUCAAUCAAAUUAAAAUUUUUUUGACAAAUAUCAAUCAACAAUAGAUUUUUUUAAAUUGAUUUCUGAUUUAAAACUUAGAUCAGGAAGUAUUCUAAUGUAAAAAGAAAUUUUUUAUCGAUGGGUGAAUUUUACUUAUCUUACAGAUUUUGAUAAAUAAAGAUUGUAUCAUUUAGUCAAUUAAGCACUUUCAAUCAUGAAUUAAUAUGUGUUGUAUGCUAAUUCUUUCGACUUUGAUAAAUUAAUUGUUUCUGACACAUUUAUUGAAUACUAUAAAAAUGUUGAGACUGAAAAUUUAUGUGACAUUUUAACAGAUGUAUAAGUAUUUUAUUUUUUUAGGACUUCAAAAAUUUUAUGUACAAUUAAUGUACUCUAGCUUUUGAAGGUACUUUAAAGUAAGGCACUAUUUAAAGCUUAAAUUAUAUAACUAAUUAAGUAAAAGCAGAAUAGGCCAUAAAUAAUUUCACUAGAAGGCUAACUUAUAAUCUAUUUGAAUAAGAAGGCUCCUAAGUUAUAACUAGAAUUUUUAUUUAAUUGAAUGAUUAAUUGUCAUAUGGAAUUGAAGAAAUAACAAAGGCUUAGCUUUAAUUUAGCAAGGUAGAUAUUCAUUAUUGACUUAGUCUCUUUCAAUAGUUUAUUUUGUAAUAGCAUUUAUUGGAUGUUUGUUAAUAGCAAAGCUUUUAAGAUAAUAUUUGAUUUUUGAAUAUUAUUUAAUAAAGAAAAUAGUUAACAUAACACCUUUACAAAUAUUGAUUGAAGAUGAAUCAUAUGAAAGAUAGCUUAGAUUAUUGCUACAAUAAUAAGAAAUAGGUUGA